AUGCACAAAUUACAACGGACUCCACCGGCCUCGCCAUUGCUGGCAACUUCACAAUCUCAAUCGGAGCCGGACUUAGCGACUUGUGAGGAAGUGGAAGGUACAUCCAACGUAACUUCACGCACUAAACGCCCCAGAAUGGACGCCUCGCCCCCGAUUGCGGACUUUGGACGGCAGCCAUUAGCACGUCAAGACCUAGAUGAUUUUAAAAAAGACAUAAUGAUGAUGCUUAGCUCCUGGAGGUCGGAACAGGUGGCCUCCAUGGCGAGGCUAACCGAGGACGUCGCUCACGUGAAAAAACAGUGCUCUGAAAUCCAUAAAACAAAUUCAGAAAUUGAAUCCUCGAUCUCUUCAAUGAAGACACAGUUCGAAGAUAUCGAAUGUAAAAUCAAGAAAUUGGACCUUGAGAAAAAUGAAACCAAAGAACAUAUUGUCUCCUUGGGUAACCAACUGAACGAACUACAACAGCUGUCGAGAUCUUCAUCCAUUGAGAUUCGCAAUGUGCCUAACAAAGAAAAAGAAACGGAAUUUGAACUUAUUCAAAUAAUUCAAAAAUUAGGCUCUAUCUUGGAUGUUAAGAUUCAAGACCAAGACAUUCGAGACGUCUACCGCAGACCUGGGAAGCCUGGGACACCAAGAUCGAUAGUUGCCGAAUUUACUUCCGUUCAAGUCAAGGACAACAUCCUCAGUUCCGCUCGGCGAUGGAAUAAGAGCAGAAAAGGAUCGGACAGACUUAACCAUGGACAAAUCAGAGGAAAUGGUGACUUACAACCGAUCUAUGUGGACGAGCACUUACCAUUCUCUACCCAUCCCAGCAGUGAAACAGUGAAAAUGCAAGUGACUUAA